UUCACCAGCUGGGACAGUCGGUCAAAAACUGCUUCACCUUCAUUCACUUCCUGUCCUAAAAGAAUGGAUCCCCAAGGCUUGAAGGAAGAUCUCCGUCUUUUUCAGAGCACUUUGCUGCAGGAUGGACUCAAAGAGCUUCUGAAUGAGAAUAAGUUAAUUGACUGUAUCCUAAAGGUUGGAGACAGAAGCAUCCCCUGCCAUCGGCUCAUUCUGGCAGCAUGUAGUCCUUAUUUCCGGGAGCUUUACUUCUCAGAGGAUGGCAAGGAAGCGGACAAAACUGAGGUUGUUCUGGAGAAUCUGGACCCCAAUAUUUUGGAGGUGAUUGUGAAUUACAUGUACUCAGCAGAGAUUGACAUCAACGACGAUAAUGUGCAGGAUAUUUUGUCUGUUGCCAAUCGCUUCCAGAUCCCCUCAGUGUUCACAGUUUGUGUGAAUUACCUGCAGAAGAAGCUGUCGAAGAAAAACUGUCUUGCCAUCUACAGGCUGGGACUGAUGCUGAACUGCGCCAGACUGGCCAUCGCAGCCCGAGAUUACAUUGCAGAUAGGUUUGAGACCAUAGUCAAGGAUGAGGAUUUUUUAGAGCUUGCUCCACCUGAACUCUUUGCUAUUAUUGGAGCAGAUGCACUGAAUGUAGAUAAAGAGGAGAUGGUGUUUGAGUUACUCAUGAGGUGGAUCAGGAAAGACAAAGAGAAGCGCAUAAAAUCCUUACAGGAGGCCUUCGAGUGUAUUCGCUUCCGUUUGCUCCCUGAGAAGUACUUCAAGGAGAAAGUAGAGAAAGAUGACCUCAUCAAGGCUGAUCCUGAGCUUGUCAAGAAACUCAAAGUCAUCAAGGACGCCUUUGCAGGGAAGCUGCCCGAGAAGAAAAAGGGACAAGGUGGUGAAGAAGGAGAGGAGGGCAAGUUGCCUGGCUACCUAAAUGAUGAGCGCAGAUAUGGCAUGUAUGCCAAAGACAUGCUAUUGAUGAUCAACGACACUGCUGCUGUGGCCUAUGAUGGCAAGGAGAACGAAUGUUUUCUCGCUGGGAUGGCUGAGCAGAUCCCCCGAAACCAUGUCAGUCUGAUAUCAAAGAAGAACAAUCUGUAUGUGUUGGGAGGACUCUUUGUUGAUGAAGAGGACAAAGAAAACCCACUGCAAUGUUACCUCUACCAGUUGGACAGCCUUGCUGCUGAAUGGAUUGCUCUGCCACCGAUGCCCUCCCCCCGGUGUCUCUUUGCUAUGGGGGAAUCUGAAAACUUCAUCUUUGCUGUAGCAGGAAAAGAUUUACAGUCCGAUGAGUCACAUGACACUGUUAUGUGCUAUGACACUGAGAAAAUGAAGUGGACUGAGACAAAAAAGUUACCCUUGAAAAUCCACGGCCACUGUGUGGUCUCUGAGAACGGGCUGGUGUACUGUAUCGGAGGCAAAACAGAUGACAAUAAAACAACCAACAAGAUGUUUGCAUACAACCACAAGAGGUCAGAGUGGAAGGAGGUGGCUUCCAUGAAGACACCCAGGUCGAUGUUUGGAGCAGUCAUCCACAACGGGAAGAUUAUUGUGGCUGGAGGAGUCAAUGAAGAAGGCCUCACUGGUGCAUGUGAGGCCUAUGACUUUGGAACCAACAAGUGGUCACCCUUCACAGAGUUUCCCCAGGAGAGGAGUUCAGUCAACCUGGUCAGCUGUGGAGGGCUGCUGUACGCUGUAGGAGGCUUCGCCAUGGUGGAGAAUGACAAUAAAGAGUGUGCACCCAGUGAAAUCAUUGACAUUUGGCAGUAUGAAGAGGACAAGAAGCAGUGGAGUGGUAUGAUCAGAGAGAUGCGUUACGCUGCUGGAGCCACCUGUGUGUCCAUGCGUCUCAACACAGCCAGAAUGCCCAAACUGUAACGACGGUUCGGGGACAUUCAGUCUACUGCUGCAGAAGUGUUUUAUGUACACGCUCUUAUUUAGAGGUUCAUUGUUGUCAUUUAUCAUUUUAACAUAUCAGCCACGUCCCCUUUGCCUGU